GAAAGUAAGAACUUCUAGAAGUAGAUCAAGCCAUAACAACAUGAGCAAUAGCAUUAGGAGCAGCUUGAGCAGUACAGCAAGGAGAACGGAAGAUGUUUUCGCAGGAGCAUCUCGAAACUGUCGAGCUCAAGAAGAAGAAGAAGAAGAAGAAGCUCUCCAAUGGGCUGCUAUAGAGAAGUUGCCAACUUAUGAUCGGUUAAGAACAAGCAUCAUCAAGUCUUUUGUGGCCGGGAGUGAUCACCAUGGCCAUGGCAACGACGACAAGCUUGCUCCGAGAGAAGUUGACGUUAGAAAGCUUGACAUGGAUGAUCGGCAGAAGUUCAUUAAUGCACUGUUUAAGGUUGCCGACGAAGACAAUGAGAAGUUCUUGAAGAGGUUUAGAAAUAGGGUUGAUAAGGUGGGAAUUCAACUUCCGACAGCGGAAGUUAGGUUUCAGCAUUUAAACAUUGAAGCUGACACCUAUAUGGGCAGCAGAGCUCUUCCAACUCUUGCAAAUACGGCUCAAAAUAUUGCAGAACUAGCUCUUGGUAUGGUUGGCAUCAGAUUGGCCAAGACAACCAAACUUCAUAUACUUAAGGAUGUCUCUGGUAUUAUAAAACCAUCCAGGAUGACCCUUUUAUUAGGCCCACCAUCUUCUGGGAAAACAACCCUUUUGCUUGCAUUGGCUGGAAAAUUGGGUCCAAGCUUGAAGGUUAGUGGGGAAGUAACCUACAAUGGAUACAAACUCAAUGAAUUUGUGCCCCAAAAGACCUCUGCAUAUAUUAGCCAAAAUGAUGUUCAUGUUGCAGAAAUGACAGUAAAAGAAACCUUAGAUUUCUCAGCAAGGUGUCAAGGGGUUGGAAGUCGAUAUGAUCUUCUAAGUGAACUUGCAAGGAGGGAAAAGUAUGCAGGAAUUUUCCCUGAAGCCGAAGUAGACCUUUUCAUGAAGGCAACUGCAAUUGAAGGAGCUGAAAGUAGUCUGGCUACUGACUACAUUCUCAAAAUGCUGGGGCUGGACAUAUGCAAGGAUACGAUUGUUGGAGAUGAGAUGCAUCGAGGAGUAUCUGGUGGACAGAAAAAAAGAGUAACAACAGGGGAGAUGAUCGUUGGGCCAACCAAAACACUGUUCAUGGAUGAGAUAUCAACCGGCCUAGAUAGUUCAACAACAUAUCAAAUUGUCAAGUGCUUGCAACAGAUAGCACAUCUAACAGAUGCAACAAUCUUUAUGUCCCUACUCCAGCCUGCUCCUGAUACUUUUGAUCUCUUUGAUGAUAUAGUACUCAUAUCUGAAGGUCAAAUUGUCUAUCAAGGCCCACGAGAGCAUGUAAUUGAAUUCUUUGAGAGUUGUGGGUUCAAAUGUCCUGAGAGGAAGGGAACUGCUGAUUUCUUGCAAGAGGUUACUUCAAAAAAGGACCAAGCGCAGUAUUGGUCAGACAGAAGCAAACCAUAUCGCUAUAUUCCAGUUACUGAGUUAUCAACUAGGUUCAAGAAGUUCCAUGUUGGGGUGCAGCUGGCAAACGAGCUCUCAGUGCCUUUCGACAAGUCCAGAGGCCACAAAGCAGCCUUAGUCUUCACAAGAUAUUCAGUGCCAAAACUUGAACUUCUUAAGGCAUGCUGGGAUAAGGAAGUGUUAGUGAUCAGGAGAAACUCAUUCUUUUAUGUCUUCAGGACAAGUGAGAUUUUUAUUGUAGGUUUCCUUGCAUCAACAGUGUUUCUCAGGACUAGAAUGCAUCACAGGGAUGAACAAGAUGGAAUGCUUUACAAUGGAGCACUUCUGUUUUCACUAAUUACCAACAUGUUCAAUGGUUAUCCUGAGAUUGUACUUAUGAUCGCCAGGCUUCCCGUUUUUUUCAAGCAAAGAGACCUCUUACUCUAUCCAGCUUGGGCAUUCGCCAUCUCAUUGGUCGUGACAAAAAUACCUAUAGCCAUUUUGGAGACUAUUGCUUGGAUGGCAAUAACAUACUACCCCAUAGGAUUUGCACCAGGGGCUGACCGGUUUUUCAAGCAAAUGCUGGUGGUACAUCUGAUCAAACAAACGGCUGCGUCAGUAUUUAGGCUCAUUUCAGGGGUCUGCAGGACCAUGGUUGUUUCCAACACCGGUGGAACGUUAGCUCUAAUGUUUCUGGCGUUGCUCGGAGGUUUCACCCUUCCUAGAACUCAAAUUCCCAAGUGGUGGAAGUGGGGUUACUGGGUUUCACCUUUGACAUAUAGUUACAAUUCCCUGGCUAUUAAUGAAAUGUAUGCUCCAAGGUGGAUGAACAGAUUGGCUUCUGACAAUGUAACCAGAUUGGGGUUGGCAGUGCUUGAAAGCUUAGAAGUCUAUCCUAAUGAAAAUUGGUAUUGGAUUGGUGUAGGAGCUCUUGUGGGGUUCUCUAUCCUUUUCAAUGUCCUCUUCACCCUGGCACUCACUUACCUGAACCCUCCGUCGGGUCCACAAGCAAUACUUCCACAAGAUUCAGCCGAAGAGACGGAAAGUAACAUAGAAAUGGCAAUCCAAGGAAUCAGAAGUCAGUCCAAUUCCAAUGGUAUAAAUAGAAAUGUUAAUUCGACCCAAGAAGCAGCUAAGAAGGCAAUGAUUCUUCCAUUCACUCCUCUAGCAAUGUCAUUUGACAAAGUGAAUUAUUAUGUUGACAUGCCUCCUGAAAUGAAGGCGCAAGGAGUUACGGGGAACAGGCUACAAUUACUCCGAGAAGUAACUGGUGCAUUCAGGCCUGGAGUUUUGACUGCUCUAAUGGGAGUCAGUGGAGCUGGAAAGACAACACUGAUGGAUGUUUUGGCUGGAAGAAAAACUAUUGGAUACAUUGAAGGUGACGUCAGAAUCGCAGGAUUCCCCAAAAAGCAAGAAACGUUCGCCAGAGUCUCUGGAUAUUGUGAACAAACUGAUAUACACUCACCCCAAAUCACGGUCAGGGAAUCCUUGAUUUAUUCAGCUUUCCUUCGACUUCCUAAAGAAACUAAUAAAGUAGAAAAACUGACUUUUGUGAAUCAAGUGAUGGAACUGGUAGAAUUAGACAAUCUCAAAGAUGGUCUAGUAGGGCUUCCAGGAAUUACAGGGCUGUCAACAGAACAGAGAAAAAGAUUGACAAUUGCCGUGGAGCUUGUUGCUAAUCCUUCAAUUAUUUUCAUGGACGAACCUACCUCUGGUCUUGAUGCAAGGGCAGCAGCCAUCGUCAUGAGGACUGUGAGAAACACUGUGGAUACUGGAAGAACUGUCGUCUGCACAAUUCAUCAGCCUAUCAUCGAUAUAUUUGAAGCAUUUGAUGAACUACUACUGAUGAAAAGAGGGGGACAAGUAAUCUACUUUGGACAACUAGGUCGAAAUUCUCAAAAGAUUAUUGAAUAUUUUGAGGCAAUUCCUGGAAUUCCCAAAAUUAAGGAGAAAUAUAAUCCAGCUACCUGGAUGCUAGAAGUAAGUUCAGUGGCAGUUGAAGCAAGGCUUGGAAUCGACUUUGCUGAGCAUUAUAAGUCAUCAUCUUUCUAUCAGCAAAACCAAGCUUUAGUAAAGGAGCUAAGCAUACCACCACCUGGAGCAAAAAACCUCUAUUUCACCACUCAAUAUUCUCAGUCCAUGUGGGGGCAAUUCAAAUGUUGCCUCUGGAAGCAAUUCAAAACAUACUGGAAAACUCCUGAAUAUAACCUAGUUAGAUUAGGUUUCACUUUGGUUGCCGCUUUAAUCAUUGGAUCAAUUUUCUGGAGAUUUGGCACAAAAAUGAAGGACGCAACUGAACUUACCAUGAUAAUUGGAGCCAUGUAUACAGCUGCCAUGUUUCUAGGAGUUAAUAACUGCCAAACUGCCCAGCCGGUUGUUGCCAUUGAAAGAACCAUAUUCUAUCGAGAAAGAGCAGCUGGAAUGUACUCUGUAUUACCUUAUGCCCUUGCACAGGUAAUAGUAGAAAUACCAUUUGUGUUAGCCCAAUCAUCCUAUUAUACACUUAUCGUGUAUGCUAUGAUCAAGUUCAAAUGGACGGCGAAAAAGUUCUUCUGGUUCUUUUUUGUCAACUUUUUCACCUUUCUUUACUUCACAUAUUAUGGGAUGAUGACUGUCGCCAUCACACCAAACGUCCAAGUAGCAGCUACCCUAUCAUCAGCUUUCUAUUCACUCUUUAAUCUUUUCUCCGGCUUCUUCAUCCCAAGACCGAGAAUCCCUGGGUGGUGGAUAUGGUACUACUGGAUUUGCCCAAUGGCAUGGACAAUCUAUGGACUGAUUGCCUCCCAGUAUGGAGAUGAUGAACGCACCAUUAAAGUACCAGGCAUCGAGCCUGACCCUACUGUUAAAUGGUACGUGAAACACCAUUUCGGGUUUCACUAUGAUUUCAUGUGGGCAGUCGCUGGAGUUUUGGUUGCCUUCCCUGUGUUCUUUGCAUUCAUGUUUGCCUUGUGCAUCAAGGUUCUGAACUUCCAAGUUAGAUAGGGGAAAAACUCUAUGCAACAAAUACCCU